CUUCGGAGAAGAUGCUGGUGUGAGAUCGGCUGCCUCCUCGCAGGGAUGUAGAGCCGAUCGCUGGGGAGGACAGGACAGGCGGGGAAGGGGGGGGACUUCGAGACGACACCGGAAUGCAUUAUUUUUCGCCGGCUACGCGCCGCAUCCACCUGUCGAGAGAAUGAGUCGUCCGUUAAGGCAGUGUAACGAGCGUUUCUCGGAGUGCGACGAGUCGAGGCGCCGGGGCUUAUUUUGACAGGACGGCCGCUGGGUCAAGGCGCUGAAGCUAAAGCUACAAGCUAGCCUCGCUGCUGUGUGGGAGAGCGGCGGCGAGGCUACAUUUAGCAUGUCGGGGCACCUGUGAGGCCUGACAGAGAGAGAAAGAAGCAUAAAAUUCCAAAAAUCGGAUCUAUGUUGGCCCACUUUCAAUGUAUUUUUUCCUAAUACUCGUCUUUGGAUCGGUGUGUGACAAGAUGUUAGUUGUGUAAAUAAGUGCUUGACUUCUGUCAUGUUUAUUCCUUUUCUUCAGCACGACUGAGCUUUUUCAUAAAUAAGUACAAAACAAUUGACAAGGAAAUACUAACUUGUCAGGUUUAAAUGGAGGCUUUUACAGACUUCCCUCCCUAUUUGCUAAGUAUCUUCAAAUGCGAGUGCUGUGUAUGCCUCAAUAACAUCUGGAUAAACUGUAGAAUAUUUCAGUAAUUGCAAUAAUUGCCGUACGUGUAGUCUAGCGUUCCUCAAGUAAGAGCAGUAUGAGUAAGGAACUGUCUUUGAGUCAGUCCGCUCAAUAUGUCGGACCCUAUCGGCUGGAAAAAACGCUGGGCAAGGGACAGACGGGUCUGGUCAAGCUCGGCGUCCACUGCAUCACCGGUCAGAAGGUGGCCGUCAAAAUCGUCAACAGGGAGAAGCUGUCCGAGUCGGUUUUAAUGAAGGUUGAGAGGGAGAUCGCCAUCCUGAAACUGAUCGAGCAUCCGCAUGUGUUGAAACUGCACGAUGUAUACGAGAAUAACAAGUACCUAUACCUGGUCCUGGAACACGUGUCAGGAGGAGAGCUCUUUGACUACCUGGUGAAGAAAGGCCGUCUGACUCCCAAAGAAGCCAGGAAGUUCUUCAGGCAGAUCAUUUCUGCUUUGGAUUUCUGCCACAGUCACUCCAUCUGCCACAGAGACCUAAAGCCUGAGAACCUGCUGCUGGAUGAGAAGAACAACAUCCGCAUCGCUGACUUUGGUAUGGCUUCACUCCAGGUUGGAGACAGUCUGUUGGAGACCAGCUGCGGAUCACCGCAUUAUGCGUGCCCCGAAGUCAUACGGGGGGAGAAGUAUGAUGGAAGGAGAGCAGAUGUGUGGAGCUGCGGGGUCAUUCUUUUUGCUCUGCUGGUGGGCGCCCUGCCCUUCGACCACGACAAUUUACGCCAGCUCCUGGAAAAGGUGAAGAGCGGCGUCUUCCACAUGCCGCACUUCAUCCCACCGGACUGCCAGUCCCUGCUCAAGGGCAUGAUCGAGGUCAACCCCGAAAAGCGUCUCACGCUGGAGACCAUUCAGAAACACGCCUGGUAUCUGGGUGGCCGCAACGAGCCUUGUCCAGAGCAGCCUCCACCUCGACGAGUGUGCGUCGGGCGAAUCUUAUCGCUGACCGAGCUGGACCCGGAUGUGUUGGACAGCAUGCAUUCACUCGGCUGUUUCAGAGACCGCGUCAAGCUCACGCGAGAUUUGCAAUGUGAAGAAGAAAACCAGGAAAAGAUGAUUUACUACCUGCUGUUGGACAGGAAAGAGCGCUACCCCAGCUACGAGGACGAGGACUUGCCUCAGCGCAAUGACGCCGAUCCUCCUCGGAAGCGCGUGGACUCUCCCAUGCUGACGCGCCACGGUCGCUGCCGUCCAGAGAGGAAGAGCCUGGAGGUGCUGAGCGUCACGGAACAGGGCUCGCCCACACCUCCUCGCCGGGCUCUGGACGCCGCGCACAGCCAGAGGUCUCGCUCAGUGAGCGGAGCUUCCACCGGUCUCUCCUCCAGCCCCCUCAGCAGUCCCAGGUCCUAUCAAAGCCCCAUUUUCACUUUCAGCCAAUCAGACGUCACCUCCGCUGCCGCUACCCCCCAAACAAAGGAGCCCAAACAGGGGAGCGCCACCACACCUCGGCCGGCACGGGCACACGAGAAGCCCAAAGCUCCCCCCCAUCCAAAGAACCAGACCCUGCCCAGCAAGGGACCCGCCGAACGGCUUCACCUCCAGCCCGUCAAAUCCCUGCCUCUGCACAACCCAUCCUCCCGCUCGCCAUCCCCCUCUCCCCUGCUCUCACCCGUUUCCCGUUUCCUCUUCCCUUCGUCCUCUGUCCUAAAGGCGGUGACUAAGAGCUUGUACCCAAACUCUGCCCACUCUGUGCCGCAGGUCACUCCCCAGGGCUCUCCGUUGCCCACGCCCUUGGGCACCCCUGUCCACCACCCUCACCACCCUUCCUCCACCCCGCCCUCCUCCUCCUCGUCCUCAUCCUCCUCGCGGGCAGAGGGAGGGGGCGGGGUGGGCUCCCUGUCGCUCACCCCGCCCUCUAGUCCCGGAGGGGGAAGCGGGAUCGCGGCCAGCAGCUCCGCCCAUUGGAGGACUCGCCUCAAUUCCUUUAAGAACAACUUGUUGGGCUCGCCGCGGUUCCAUCGUCGCAAACUGCAAGUCCCGACGUCAGAGGACAUGUCCAGUUUAACGCCGGAAUCCAGCCCUGAGCUGGCAAAGAAGUCCUGGUUUGGGAACUUCAUCGGCCUGGAGAAAGAGGAGCAGAUCUUUGUGGUGAUCCGAGACAAACCUCUAAGUUCGGUCAAAGCCGACAUCGUCCACGCCUUCCUGUCUAUGCCGUCGCUCAGUCACAGCGUCAUCUCCCAGACAAGCUUCAGGGCCGAAUACAAGUCCUCCGGCGGCCCUUCCGUCUUCCAGAAGCCCGUCAAGUUCCAGGUGGAUAUUGCCUUCUCCGAGGGCGAGAGGGAGCGGGACAGGGAGAGGAGCGAGAGGGACGGAAGGAGGGAGACGGGAAUCUACAGCGUGACGUUCACCCUCAUAUCAGGUCCGAGUCGCCGGUUCAGACGAGUGGUGGAAACGAUUCAAGCCCAGCUUCUCAGCUCCCAUGAUCAACCCCUGGUGCAAGCCCUAUCUGAUCCCUUCCCAGAUGAGAAGAACGGCCGACCCCACAGGACCCCCACCCGCCAAAAUUCCAGGCGCUCAGAGGGUGGGGGCGACAGGUGCGAGUGGGGCGACCGAGCGGAUGGCGCAGGCAUCGGAGGCAGCGGCGGCGUUCUGCAGCGCAGAGGCUCGGCCAAGGAGAGAACCCGACUGCUGUCCACCAACGGAACCCAAUCGCAACCGUAGGUUAGAACGGGAAACGGCGCCGCGGGAUGCCGGAUCGACUUCCGCACUCUUUGACUUUAUCUUCAAGCAUCCCUCGCAAACCACGAGCUACUCCCUCGACUUAAGUCGGAGUUGCUUUGAUAAUAGCAAGAAUUGAGCCUUCCCCCCCCCCACCAUCAUGCUUUUGUUUUUAACAAUUGUCUUGAUCCUUCGGAUGACCCGGAUUCCAACACCAGAGCGACGGAAUCGGUCUUUAAUGAAAACAUACCACGUGAAUGAGUAGUUUGGUAUCCCGCCAUAGAUACGGCUUCUCAAACUCAAACUAGGAAGUGCUAACGUGCAUGCCGGUUAGCAAAUCAGCCCGCUAGAAGACAAGACCCGAUAGCUCGUCUGCCAUAAGCAUUGUACUACAGCAUUCGAUACCAAAAAGAAUUAGGUGUGUGUUGUGACGGUUCUCCCGGUUAGACGGUGCGCGUCGGUGUCACUCUCAGGUGACGCGCGUCCACGAGUAGUCGAGGGACCGCUCGCUGGCGAAAGACAUCGUGUACGUCAGUGGCAGAUUCAACCUGAAGCGUUCUCCUCCCUGAGGAGCUUCUCAGGAGGGCAGCGCCCUACCCUGACUCAAAGAAAACCAACCAAGUAAGCUAUGUAAGUGAAUGUGAAUUUUAUUUUUAUUUAUUUCCUUUGCGGACGUGCGGCGAUUGCAGCAAGGACAGCACACUCGCUGGGAAGAGGAAGCUGCUUUUUUGGGAGGGGGGGGGUAUUUAAUUUCUCUUCAGAGGCAAGAUGAACUAAUGCACUUGGACUCCUGUUACUCUGAGAUUAUUAUUUUUUUUAUUUCAACAGAAAUAGGACAAUUACUCUAAGGAGAGAGAGCGAGAGAGGAAAAAAAAAAUGUGUAUAUGUCCAUGAACGUCCUCACAGCUGUUUUGCCCCACAUCGAAAAAGAACGACAUUCCCAACCUACGAAGCUUCAUAUCGAAGUCUCCUGUUUUCAUCCAAAAUUUUCACAGCUCAUUCUGUCACAUCCUCGGUUGACCGGUACUUUGCCAAGGGCAAGCAAAAUCGUCCCUCACACAGUCGGCUCGUAAUACUCAAGUACUCCAAUAGACUAGCAGAUGCUCUUCACCAGUCUUCCAUGCAGCACAAUAUGCAACUAACGUGCAGGAUGUUGACCAACGGUUUCUGUUUGCAUAUUUAUUAACUUAUCGGCAUCUUUUGGUUUCACCCGAUCCAUCACAUUGCACUUUGUAAAGGCAGUCCAAGGUCCAUCAUCUGAUAUUUAAUUCAUCACGCUUAUCGCCGGUGUGUGCGUUUGAUUGAACUUGACCGAUCAGAAGAUGGCAACCAAUUUGUUCCAUCUUUUCGACCCCCCUCGUUGUCACGGUUGUCUGCCCCUCACAUGUUGUGUAACCCUCAUCAGCACACGAGAAACUGUCAUUCGCCUCACCGUGUCCACUCGACUUUCUCUUCUGUACGCCGCCACGUUCACUGUCAUUGACCCCAACUGUGGCCAAGAUUGUAAACUAUUCUCCAUCCAUAAAGGGUCAGUAGAAUAAGGUGUCGAAAAAAAGAAAUGUCUGUAUCAUAAUUUAAAUAUAAAAAGUGCACUAUUAUAACUAUUGCCUGUGAUUAAAAAAAGAACAAUUAUGAUUGAAUCGAUGGUCAAAACAAAGAGAGACCCACCUUAUUGUUAUGGUUACAAUAAUAAAUCCUAAAUCUGUG